AUGGAUCGCCACGUGUACGCUCUGGAUUUCGACGGCGUUCUGUGCGACAGCUGCGGGGAAAGCUCGCAGUCGGCCGUGAAGGCUUCCAAGGUGCGGUGGCCGUCACUCUUUGCUGAUGUGUCUGCUGACGUGGAGGAGACGAUCCUGAAGCAGAUGAGAGAGGUGCGGCCAGUGGUGGAGACGGGGUAUGAGAACAUUCUGCUGGUGCGCCUGCUGCUGGAAAUGGCAUGUGAAGACAAGCGCCAGUCCCAGCUGUCCAAAUCAGGCAAACUCAACCUAGAGGCCAUUCUGAGCGGGUGGGAGGGGGAGAUCAAGCCAGCAGUGAUGGCGGAGUGGGGCGAGGAGGGGCGGAGGGAGGAGCUGGUGGAGCUGUUUGGGGCGGUGAGGGACGAGUGGAUGCGCGACGACCUGCCAGGGUGGAUUGCCGCCAAUGGCAUGUAUGCCGGCGUGCCUCAGGCGCUUCAGAAGGCAGAGUCUCCAUUGUAUAUAGUCACGACAAAGCAGACCCGCUUUGCCCUCGCGCUGCUGCGCGAAUUGGCAGGCGUUGAUUUCCCAGAAGACAAGGUCUUCGGGCUUGGUACCGGCCCCAAAGUGCAGACGCUGCAGCACCUGCAGUCGCUCCCUCAACACCAAGGCUGCUCCUUUCACUUUGUGGAGGAUCGACUAGCCACGCUGCGCAAUGUCAUCAGCACACCACAAUUGGACGGGUGGCAUCUCUACCUAGGCACAUGGGGCUACAACACAGAGCAGGAGAGGCAAGAGGCAGCACAGAUUCACAGAAUCCAGAUAGUGGACCUGCCUGACUUCUGCGGCAGCCUAAAAUGA